CUUCAUUUCACGACCAUUCCCGAGUUCAAUUCGAUCAAUGACCAGACGAAUAUAAUUCUUUCCUUCCUUUCAUCUAAUUCUUCACCAUUCAAAUUGGCAUUUGUGUGUGGAACCAACUUCAAAAUGCCGUAGAGACAGCUUCAAUUGUGCUUGCCCAUACCUGACCUGUAACCCCAUGUAGCUACUACCAACUAGUACUGGCACACUGGCACACUCACACUGGCACUGGCACUGGCACUGGCCACUCGCGCUUUAUUAUUCUUCCACCCUCUCACAAUUCAUCCAUCCAUCGUCACCGGAUUCCCUCUCCUCCGCUCUGCUCUUCUAAUCCUAAUCCUUUCUUGCUCUCUCCUCUUCUCCACUCGCCUCACCCACAAUCCCAUUCCUCCUCACCGUCUCCGCGUCGCGCCAUGCUGUUACUGCUCGCCCGUAAAAUUCUAAUCUAGUCUCUUCCAAUCGCCGUUGCCAUCACAGGAAACAUGACCAGCAUCGACGCCCUCCUCAACCACGAGCCCUCCGCCGCUGCCGCCGCUGCUGCCACCGAGGCAGAUCAACAACGUCGCGAAUCGUAUUCUUCAGACUCAAAUUUUGAUCCCGUCACCACAAAGGCGACAACCUAUGAGGCCGCCGAUGCCCUGACUGCGCUUGCGACGCUCGGUAGUGGGCAGUCGUACGCUCCCACACGCGAACUCCCCUCGCCCACCGUUUUUUCUCACGCGCCGCGACGAACAAGCAGCUUCAGCUCACACCAUGCUCCCGUAGAGCCUUCUCCACCUAUCGACCAACCCGCGACCAAUUCUCCUACCUUGGAACAUUAUCAUCACGGGUCCAAUUCACCAGAACAACAGCGUCGCCAAUCUCUUCUCCACAGAUCCUCCUCUCCCGCACCUAUACUGGCGCCACUACAGAACCUCGGUACACGAACCCAUCAAGACUCGGCGCAGACGACGACAUCGUACAGAGACGGCAUUUCUCAGGUCGUCUCGCCACCGCCUAAGCGUGACGCAACUCAGAAUCACGAAGCAGACUCGAUGAACAAUUCAUCUCACCCAGGAUCCGCGAAUGCGUUAUCUCAUACCCAUGAUAGCGAUGGCAAAUUGCCAUCGCCACUGCCGGUCAUCAAAAGUGAACCAGCUGGAACACCUCGCGAGUCGACCCCUUCUGCAGGCAUCAUAGCCUCUUCGGAGGGACAUCAUUCCGUCACCACGGAGAACGUCGAUGCCGAAACCCGCAAAGCCAUAGAGGCACUCAAACAGAAUGACUUGGGCCUCCGCACGAAGCGGACAGCCAGCGUCACCGACAGUGUCACCUCACCAGAUCCAAAGCCGGCUUCCGCCCCUGCUCCAUCGAAGAAGAGGCCAGCACCGGGUACCUCGGCGAUCAAGAAGAAGGGCACUGCAGCAACGAAGAAGCCCACAUCAAAGAGGCGCAAAUUGGAUUCCGAGGCGGACAGGGCACCGCGAUCGUCUACGCCAUCCGCCAGAGCUACCAAAUCAAAGGGCGGGAGGAAAGGAUCGCAAGCUGGGACACCGGUAGGAUCCUCACCCGCCCCGGACAAUGCCUCUCAAGCCGACGCCUCCGACGACGAGGGCGAAUCCUCCGAAGACACCUCGUUAUACUGUAUCUGUAGGAAGCCAGAUAACCAUAGGUGGAUGAUUGGAUGCGACGGCGGUUGUGACGAUUGGUUCCAUGGGUCCUGUGUGGACAUGGUACAAGCAGACGAGGAACUAGUUGACAAAUUCAUAUGUCCAAAUUGCGAAGACAAUGGGCGAGGCCAGACCACUUGGAAGCCAAUGUGUCGGAGAGAGGGAUGUAGGAAGCCGGCUCGACUGUACAAAGGCAGGGAAAGCAAGUACUGUUCGGAUGAGUGCGGAACGCUAUUCAUGCAAGAGCAAUUGCAACGAACGGCCGGGGCAAAGAAGUCAAGUAAGAAGUCGAAGAAAAAGGCAGGGAGAGAGGGUGACGAUCAUGGCCAAGCAACCGACGAAGACGAAGAGCCUACACCACUCGGAGGCGUACUCCGAGCGAAGGACCUCAAAGCGCUUGUGGUCGCCUCGAAUAGCAUCGAUGAUUUCAAACGUCUAGGGUCUGGCGUCCUUUCCCCUCCACAGACAGCUCCCCCGUCCCAAACGGCUUUUGACAGUGCUUCCAACGGGGCCACUAUCGAACCCACCCCCGAGCUCCCCUUCACAUCCUCCGAAAUCGCCCGCCUCAAAGCCCUCUACACCGAGAAAGCCGACCUCCAGAUGAAGCUCGAAGCGCUCAAAGAUCGGGAGAAAUUCGUCAGCAUGGUGAGGGAGCAGGCUGGGCAUCUUGCCGAGCGGGAGAAGAUCAAGCCCAAGGAGUUCUGCGGCUACGACUCGCGACUCUCGUGGUCCGACACCGAGUUUCUCGCGUGGCGCAACACGAAGCUAGGCCGCGCCGUCUUCAAAUUCAACACGCUCUCCCCGACUGAAGAGCAGAUAUCCGAAGCAAACGUCACCGCUGACGGUGACACAGUGAUGAACGGCACCACCAACGGCCUCGUGAAAGAGGUUGUGUGCACAAAGAAGCGAUGCCCAAAGCAUCCCCAGUGGCAGAAGCUCAACAUCCAAGACGCACGCUUCGAGGAAGUCGAGGCCGUGGAGGCGAUCAAAGAGUGCGAGAAGGAGGAACGCUCUGUCCGCGAGCGUGCGCGUCGGAGGGGCCAGAAGGACGCCGUGGCUGCCGAUCUCGUGGGUUCCGGAGGUGACGCAUCGAAGGAGGAACGGAAUAGGGACGGGUGGGUUGAGGCUGUUUAGCCUUUGAGACCGCCCCAUUUCAUUGACUUGGAAAAAGGCCUAAAAACAUGAAGGAACAUGAAAAGGUCGAAGGACCUGCGAGGGGGAGAAAAUAUCAAGGAUUUAUUUAAUUGGAAAGGGAGGAAGAUGAAGAUCAAAAAUAAUAUACCCCCAAUUUCUAUUCUAUAUAUAUACAUUGUCCGCACCCG